GGAGCAGUGAAAGUGUGUGCACAAUGGCUAAAGGAAUGUUUCCGAGAGUCUCGGACGCCGAAAAAUACAAAUUCAAAUAACAAAAUUACCAGCGAAGAAGAUGAAGGACUUGUGUUUACAUCUCGUCGUUCGACAAUUAAUGGUGUAACAAAGUCCCAGCAGAACAGCAAUAUAAAUGUUUCUCCUCAACAAAAUCACGAAAAUAUAACAAAAUUACACCUUCAUACUUCACAUUCACUUCCCAAUGUAUUUACUUCUAAUGAAAUGAUCGAGAAAUCAUCGAUUUCACCUCAGAUGCAUGUUUCUACAUCAGAAAUCGAAUUAUCGCCAGGACAUGAGCGAGAACAUACUCUGUGGGAAAAACAAAAUAUAUUAAGUGAAAACGAAAUUAUGAAAAGAAGGCGUGAAGGUUUAGUAAGAAAUCUGGCGCAACAUUCGACGUUUGAAAAAACGGAAAAAUAA